AUGCAAUCUUCCGUGAACCACGGCGCCACUGGACUCUGGGCGUAUCUAGUCUCUAUGUCGGACGAACAACCCCACACGUAUCUUUGGUGCGUCUCACUAACAAGCGACAAGCCUCUAGGGGAGACUCCCUGGGUCCCCGGUCUUGUACCUGGCCUUCGUCAUAUUCGUGCCGAGGUUGGUGGACCGCGUGGCUUCGGGACGGGGCCCUACCUGGCGGGGCCCUACCUGCCGGGACCC